AAUAGUAUAGCUUCUUUGUUUUUAAGGAAUCACUGCGCAGAUUCUAUGCAACAAUUUGAACGUUAGCAUAUGAUUUCGGAACUUAAGAACAUAAACAUUGGUGAAAAUAAUAUAAAAAAGAUAUAAUAUGUGAUGCUAUACGGAUUAUCUUUCCAAGAUAACCAUUGAGAAGAAAGCAGCAUGAAGUUUUCACUGCGUAGUAACACAACUUUUUAGAAGUUAUUUCGAUCUUAAAACAGCAUUGAGAGAUUACACAGAUAGCCAGACGAAAUCGCAAAAUUACAUGGAAUUGUGCCAUGUUCUGUUAUGAACAAACAUUAUAUUACAAAACAGUUGGAACCACGUUGAUUUUUUUAAAACAGUAUUUAAUUUCAUAGGUCUGUUUUCGAGGGAAAAAUAACUGAUAUUGUAACUGUUUUUUUUCUCUCGGAGUUUUGAGAAAUGCUUUAUGAGUAUAUUAAACAAAUGCCUAGUGUUUAGAAUUCCACGUGUUCGAGGGAAACAGAUACAGAGAAAGUUUAUAUUCUUUCUAUACAUUUAUGAAGAUAAUUAUAAUCUGUCAGAUAUAAAUCAACUAAAACAGCGGGAUUAGGAUUAAAAAAUCUUGAAUAGUUUCAUCGCUGGGUGAUAAGAAGUCGUGUAAAAAGAUUGGAAUAAUAUUUAGAUUACUUUCACCGAACUUUCUGAAUGGCAUGUAUAUAGGUAUCUGUUCAGUGAAAAUGAUGCUGGAACCGUCUAGACUGUUAAUUAAUCAAUAACAUUAUCAGAGACGCUAAUGGGCAGAUAUUUACAUUUUGAGAUUUCACUUCCACGCUGUAUAAGUUCACCAAAAGCACACUUAAAGUGCUAACCUCGGAGUUAUACAAAGAUAUUUCUCUUCAAUGCUAUAUAAGUUCACCAAAAAGCAUACUGAAAGUGUUAACCUCGCAGUUAUACAAAGAUAUUUCUCUUCUAUGUUAUAUAAGUUCAACAAAAGCAUACACUUAAAGUGCUCACAUCGGAGUUAAACAAGGAUAUUUCUUAACACCCGUUCUUUUGAAAUUUAAAAAGGACUUAAAUAUGAUGGAAGUACGAGCAAGCACUUCGACGUCUUUCAAUCCUAUGCCAAGCUGUUCGGGCGGUGCUAGUGGAUCGACGCCUGUUUUACCUCGAGGACCGACAAAACGAUUAUGUCUUUCAGAGCGAAUUCUGUUUACCAAAGCUAGACUCAACAGGUUGUCUCAAAGGAAGAAGUUAUUGUUUAAGGAAGCUCACGAGGACAGAUUCGCGGAGAACACUGGACUUGACAGUAAUGAAUUGCUACUAGAAGCAGCAAAAGCUGGCAAAGAUUCAAAAGUUAAAACUUUAUUAGGCGAUGAUAUUUCGAAGGAUUAUGUUGAUGAAAACAACCGUUCUGCGCUUCAUUGGGCUGCGGAAUAUGGAUAUAUGAGGGUGGUUUAUACUUUAGUGGAAGCAGGUUGGGAUAUUAAUCUUUUGGAUAAUAAGAAACACACUCCAUUACACGUGGCUUGUGACCAUCACAAUGGCAACGUUGCUGCAUGUAUGAUUGCGCAUGCGUGUAAGUUUCGAACACAGGACUUAAACGGCUGUACACCUCUACAUAGAGCGAUACAUACAAAUUUAGAAACUGUUGCAUGCAUGCUGUGUAAUCUAGGCGCAGAUGUCAACGCCAAAACUAAAACCGGAUGGACUCCAUUACACGAAGCUGCGCGCAUGGGCAAUGAGUACGUUUUGAGAAAGCUGAUUAAAGACGGCGCUGACGUUAAUGCAAUAGCUGAAUGCAAUGCUUCCCCGUUUCUUACCGCAGUGUUCUAUUAUCGUAUUGCUCAUAGGUCUUCCUAUUUAUGUUUAGAACCGAUUCUCAGUGUACUUAUCGACAAUGGCUGUCAACUCAGCUAUUCUGACGGUCAAUGGUCUCCGUUAACUGCUGCCAUGUCGGUAUAUAACAGCCGAAUCGCCGGAAAACUUAUUUAUCAUGGCUGCUUGUUGCCAGAGUCUCAGGGAUAUGGAAGGAGCAUUCUCGUCGAUGCAUUUACAAAAUGUGAUAAUUACGUGGUCAAACUGCUUAUCCAUGCUGGAUACAGAGUCACUCCCGACGAAGUCGAUUUAUGUGCCAAAAGAAUACCAACGUUUUCUCUUUCAUUUCUGAAGUUAGCUUUUCCGGGAUAUGAUACCAGAGGGCGGCAAGAAAUCGAAAUUUUGAAGUUUCUACGCCAGAGGGCUAGUCAACCGCUUACUCUGCAAGAGAUUUGCCGGAAGUCAAUACGCGUAGGAAUAAAUACCGCAUCACGUGAUACGUCUAUUUUAGGACGCAUUCCGUUACUUCCUCUUCCAAAGACACUGAAAGAUUUCAUUGCUUUACGUGAUUUUGCAAUGAGAUACAUAUAAUCUCAAGUAACCAGUAUUGUGAACUGUGCAAUCUGUCACAUGCUAAGCGCAAUCUGUGGCUAAUCACACUCUCUCAGCAUUUAAGAAAUAUCCGGUCAGAAGACUUAUAUAUAUAUACCAAGUAUAUUCUUUCAAUUUGAAUGUGACACAUCGAAAAAUAUAUUAUACUUUAGCAUUUAUCUUUUAUACAUAAUAAUUAUAUAACUAUGCAUCAGUAUGAAAUCUACAUGCUAUGCAUGUAGUUUACACAUAACCAUAGGUUAAAUGAGAAAAAAAAUGCAUGUGAAAUUAUCUUAGACUCGAUCCAGUUCAACUUGGUGCUGUCAAUUAUAAAUAUUCAUGAAGUUACAUUAAGAUGGCUCAAUUAUAUAUAUGACCUUGCGCUAAUUCAGAAAUACGUAGACGAAACCCCUGCCUUGCAAGCCUAUACAGUUCAAUGUGCACCCUGUCUUGCGACAACAAUUAAGCAAAUGCUACUUCCGAUUUUGGGAGGAGCGAAUCUACAAGUAUUUUAACUUUAACCUUUCAAGCAAGGUGUAGUUUCGAGUCAAAGUUUUAAUCAUAUACUGUAUUUCGUUUUUAUUUAGAACUACUUAUUUGGUAUGUAUGCAUGUUGCAACACAUACUGUAGGUGCCAAAGUCAUCUUGUUUAUGCAUUACAUGUUUAAAAAAUACUAGUAUUACCAUUAAAAGUACAAUAUAAUGUCAUUCAUGUAAGAUUGCAUGCUUGAGGUGGAAUCAAUUCUUAAUUUUAUUCUGUACUUAACUUUUCAAAGAUAUUGCACCGGGUGGAUAUUGACCCGACCCAAGUACAAGAGAGUAUUAAAAAAAGUUUCAAAGUUGAUAGAACUGUCUUUCAUAUGUAUUUAGUCCGAUUUUUAUUUGCAAACGUAAUAGUAUUCUUUUUUGUAAACAUUUUAUCUUUGUAUUUAUAUACAUUUAUUUGUAGACCGAUAUAUGUUUAACAUAAUAAAACGUAUAGAAAUUAA